UAAUUCUUGGCUUGCCAUAUCCCGGAUCACGUCGUAUGUAGCUAUCAUGACACGGUUCUAUCACAGUCGUAGACUAGUCGUAAAUCGACAAACCACACAACAGCACAUCGCUGUUUCGGCAACACUGCAUCCGGCCCAUGCCAUGGCAGAAGGCUGGUUUGAAAUAAUGGAGCCACCAUAGCGGUUUUUAUUAUUUUCUGAAAGUCUAGCGCCUCGAGUCGAGUCGUGGCAGUGACUGGAGAAUCUCCCAGCCGAAUGGUCCUCAUCCGUGGACUCGGACUUUUGCCACUAUAACUAACAGGUUACUUCAUAAGUUAUCUCUACCACGAUCAAUCAACUCUUGUUUGUCUGCAAUCCCACCUUCUUUUCGAGCUGAUCUUACCAGUCAGGCAGUGCAUGAUCAUCACCGCGGCCAUGGAUGUUGCUGGCAAUGAGCCCUGGUCACUAUGUCGUAGAUCUACGCUGAUGCUUGCUCUGGCGGUGAUGGUGGUGUUGCACAACGAAGUCUUAGUGUCAGGACUGGAGCCAGUGGCCGGAGUCAAGCCGCACAUUGUUGUUGUACUGGUGGAUGACUGGGGAUGGGCCAAUGUGGGCUAUCACCGGGAGAACGCCACGAAAGAAGUUCAGACUCCUAACUUCGAUUCGCUGUGCAAAAGGGGAAUCGAGCUUGACCAGCACUAUGCAUACAAGUUCUGCUCGCCGUCAAGGUCGUCGUUCCUGAGUGGCCGACUUCCGAUACACGUGAACAUAGAGAACGACUAUCCGGAUUACUACAACCCGAACGACACCGUAUCAGGCUAUGCGGGAAUUCCACGCAACAUGACGGGUAUAGCAGCCAAGCUCAAAUCAGCCGGCUACUCAACACACCACAUCGGCAAGUGGGAUGCGGGGAUGGCCACGCCGGAGCACACGCCGAUCGGAAGGGGAUUCGAUAGUACGUUUGGCUACUUUCAUCACGAGAAUGACUUCUUCACUGAACGCGCCGGUUCUUGCUCGUAUAACGGGAAGAAGUAUCGCAACAUUACAGACCUCUGGUUAAACGAAGGCCCUGCUCUGGGACGUAAUGGUACUGGCUAUGAGGAGGGGAUGUUCAAGAGACACGUUUUAGAGGUUAUUCGCAACCAUUCCAUUGACAGCCCUUUGUUCAUCUACUACGCAGCCCAUAUUGCUCACACGCCGCUAGAGGUAACCCAGAAAUACCUCGACGAGUACAGUUUCAUUGAUAAUGAAGUGCGUCGAUCGUACCAUGCGAUGAUAGCGUACCUGGAUGAUGUCAUGGGUAAUAUCACCGAAGCCCUGGUUGAGCGUGGCUUGUGGAACAACACGCUCCUGCUGGUGAGCAGUGAUAAUGGCGGCCCGGAGUAUCCGGGCGGCGGUGCAAACAAUUACCCGCUGAGGGGCGGUAAGCUGACAAGCUGGCAGGGCGGGGUCAGGGUGAACGCAUUUGUCUCCGGUGGCUUCAUACCCAGCGCAAUGCGUGGCAAAAAGCUGGAGGAGUACAUUGCCCUUGCCGACUGGUAUGCGACAUUCUGUUCCCUUGCGGGGGUCGACCCGGCUGAUGAACGUGCCAAACUUGCUGGUUUGCCUCCAGUUGACGGGCUGGACAUGUGGCCGAUGCUCUCAGGAGCUAAUCUUACUUCACCGAGAACAGAAAUUCCACUGAGUCCAGGAUUGAUCAGUGGUGAUUACAAAAUUCUGGUGGGGAACAAUGGUCAAGCAGGAUGGACUGGCCCACAAUAUCCAAAUAGUACUAAUCCCCGUGGCGGUAUCGAUGCCAAGGUGGCCUGCGGAGAUGAUGGAUGCCUGUUCAACAUCAGAACCGAUCCCGAGGAGCGUACCAAUGUGGCAGCGUUGCAACCUGCCAUUCUCAAGCAGCUGCAAGAGCGCCUGCAAGCAUGGGACGCAACUGCUUUCAAUCCGGACAGGGGACAGCAAUGGCCCGAGGCGUGUCAAACAGCUAUUGAAAAGUAUGGUGGCUACUGGGGUCCAUUCUUGCCCUAGUCAGAGAUGCCAUCAGUUAGCCACGUUUCGGGCCUUUUUACGCCGGUGACACUACGCAGUUAUCACUGCAUGCCAGAAUGAUUACUGGACAAUAUAAUUUAUCUGCAACCUACAUUGCACAACAUAAGGGCAACGGCGUCAGGGUGUACUGAGAGUGAGAGCCAUACGUGUACAAGUACAUGUACACAUUUGUUUGAGGUUCAGUAACAUCCAGUCUUCUUUUGAGCAGUACCUGUUCCUGCUCGCCGCGCAUCAUCCUGGUUUCUGAUAUCUCGGACAUGUAUUUAACUAUCUCGAUCGCCCCUGCUAUUGGCCCCGCUUGUUUUUCAUGAUCCAUUGUUUAUUGCCUCCCUGGGUUAAUUUCCAUCUAGCUGUUUCUGGCUAGUAUCAGUUCUAUCGCACUUAUCAAUCUUCCCGCUUAUUGCCAUCAGUCGUGGAAUAAAAGAAUAAUAAUUUUGCUAUACAAAUCCGAUCUUAGAGCAUGCUUUGCUUCUGGAGUGAUUGCAUCAUACACUACACAAGCUUUGAUAGUGAAUGACCGCUUUGAGCAAAAUGUUGGAACUGCGGUACCC